UCACACGGCUUAAGUGAUAUGCGAGAAAAAGUUCAUAAUUAGAAUAGCAUCUUUACUCUGUAUCAGCGAUAAAUGCAUGAGGCCGAGGUUAUUACAGGAUCCUCUGAAUAUGAGUGAUGACAAACCCUUCGUAUGCACUGCUCCUGGAUGUGGUCAGCGGUUCACCAACGAAGACCAUUUGGCUGUCCAUAAACACAAACAUGAGAUGACGCUGAAGUUCGGUCCAGCACGGAAUGACAGCGUCAUCGUUGCUGACCAAACGCCAACUCCCACUCGCUUUCUGAAGAACUGUGAGGAAGUGGGUCUGUUCAAUGAGCUUGCAAGUCCUUUUGAGCAUGACUUUAAAAAGGCAACGGAAGAGGACAUCAAAAAGCUACCCUUAGACUUGUCUCCACUUGCCACGCCAAUCAUAAGAAGUAAAACUGAGGAGCCAUCAGCUGUCGUGUCCCACCGGGACAGCCCUCUGCCUCACCCCGAAUCCACUACCAGUGAUGACAAGGAGGUCUCCUUGCAGCCAGCUUCGCAGCCAACUUCCACCAUUAUCCGUCCGGCGUCCCUCCAAGUUCCCAACGUGCUGCUCACGAGCACGGACGCCAGCGUCGUAAUACAGCAAGCUCUCCCGUCGCCAACCUCAAGUUCUGUAAUCACACAGGUCCCAUCCUCAAACAGGACAAUAGUCCCAGUGUCGGGCACCUUCCCUGUGCUUUUACAACUUCCCAAUGGACAGACAAUGCCUGUUGCUAUCCCAGCAUCCAUUGCAAACCCAAGUGUGCAUAUUCCCACGACUAUCCCUCUUGUUAGACCGGUCACCGUAGUGCCUAACGUCCCAGGAAUCCCAGGACCCUCCUCCCCGCAGCCCGUCCAAUCAGAGGCCAAAAUGAGGCUGAAGGCAGCAUUGACCCAGCAGCACCCUCAGGUUCCCAACGGAGAGUCGGGCGACGGCCAGAGCAGCGCUGUGACCAACACCCCGCCCCCUGCCCCGCCCCCUGCCCCGCCUGAGGAGCCCCGCCCCCAGUCCCUCCAGCAGCCCGCCACCUCCACCACAGAGACACCUGCCUCCCCGGCCCCUCCCGCCCAGCACACCCCCACCACGGGGGGCCGACGGCGCCGGGCGAUGAGCGAGGACCCCGACGAGAAGCGGCGGAAGUUCCUGGAGCGGAACCGGGCGGCGGCCUCACGCUGCCGGCAGAAGAGGAAGGUGUGGGUGCAGUCCCUGGAGAAGAAGGCCGAGGACCUGAGCUCCAUGAACGGGCAGCUACAGAAUGAAGUCACCCUGCUGAGAAACGAAGUGGCCCAGCUGAAGCAGCUUCUCCUGGCUCAUAAAGAUUGCCCCGUAACCGCCAUGCAGAAGAAGUCUGCCUAUCACAACACUGAGAAGGAGGACAGCUGUGAGGAGAUGUCAGUGCCCAGCAGCCCCCAGGCCGAGGCUAUCCAGCACAGCUCGGUCAGCACCUCCAAUGGGAUCAGCUCCUCCUCCGCGACCCCGGCUGGCCCCGCCCCCACCGUCGACCAGAGCACAGAGGAGGGCCAGCCAGUGGGGGCAGUGCUGGCCAAUCAGACAGGGCCAUCGGGGAGCUGAUCGCGUAGGCUGCGGCAUCACGGCUUUCUUAGCAGCGCGACUAACGGGGGUGGGGGGGUUGGGGGGGUUCUCUCACUCAUCUCCAAUUCGGAGACUGCUGUAUUUUUUUAAGGAUUUACUGUUUCGUUUCUGUUCCUUAACACCAAAUCCGUCUUAUUUAAAAAUGAAUGGAGAAGCUCUAGAGAAGGCACUUUCCAGAUGGUUGGAAAAUCGGACUGAUUGUCUUAUUUCUACUCUGUCUGUUUUAUGUUUACUGUAUUUAUUUGAUAACUUUGAUGUUUUUUUUCCAUAUUUUUUUGAUUUGGAAUAAUGGUGAGCACUGUAAGAGUUUGUGUUUCAGGUUCUAAUGGAUAAAACAGUGCUUUGUUAAUGAGACAUUCCUACCAAAGUGUGUCAUUUGGCUCAUUGAAAGUUUCUGUUUUUACCAUCGUUUUCAAGCACUAUCCGGAGGAGAUAGACAUACGAGGAAACAGUCACUAUGUUUAUUUCUUUGCCUUUUCAAUUUUGCACAUGAGGGAAGAAGGAUUUUUCAGUUUUAGACUGUUCAUGGCAGUGCGUGUAUCAGUUAGGUCCUCGCUUUUAGAAAUAGGUUUUGAUACCGUCUUGUUAAGGAAGCUCAAUGGUUUGAACUGAAAUGGGGCUGAAACAAUAUUUUGUGCGUGUGUGUGUGUGUGUGUGUGUGUGUGUGUGAGUAGUUUGGCUACUUUUACCAGUAGCAUGUGGUUUGAAUGUUGACAGUUGCCUCCACUUGUAUAAUAGAUUUCAGGAGGAGCUUCGAUUAGAAACAUGUUGUGUUCAAGAGCAAUGCUUUGACUAACAUUCCAUGUGUAGCUUGAUUGUUACAGAUGCAGUGAUUGUAGGUUUGCAGUACUUCUUUUUCUCAUCAUUGGGACAUCUCUUCGAUGUUGACUUAACUAAAUGUGCCAUUAAUGUUUCUUACUAAAUUACUCUGAACUUUGAUUUGAAUUGUAUAGAGAAAAUCAUACUCAUUCUGUGCUCCAGUCAUGAGGGGUUUCCUUGUACAUAAUUACUUUGAAUAG